AUGUAUAGUCCAGAGCAGCUUGAAUUUUUGAAUUUAGCUAGCAACGGACACAAUAUCAUAUUGACGGGACAAGGUGGGACCGGGAAGACGUAUGCGAUAAGGGCGAUUGUUGCCCGUCUGAUGGACAUAAAAAAUGUGGCAGUAACAGCGACCACCGGAAUUGCGGCGACUCAAUACACAAACGGACAAACGAUCCACAGCUGGUGUGGAUUAGGAGAUGGAAGCAUAUCCGGGAAAGAGCUUUCAAACCUUAUUCCAAAGGAAGAAAAAUACUUGAAAGCACGAAUGAGAAUCGAGAAAUGCGACGUGCUAGUUAUUGACGAGUGUUCCAUGUUAAGCCAAAAAAUGUUCGAUACCAUCGAAAGUAUCUGCAGAAAUGUUAAGAAAAACAAUGCAUUCUUUGGAGGACUGCAGCUUAUUCUCGCUGGCGACUUUUAUCAUCUUCCUCCUGUUCCAGAUCAGUUGAAUGGGGAGACAGGAAAGUUCUGUUUCCAGUCCAAAGCAUUCUACAGCUCAGUGCCUCAUCAUGUUGAUCUGAAAACAGUUUUCCGCCAAGAAGAUAACAACUUAAUACAGUCGAUAAACGCACUUGAAAAGGGAGAAUUAUCAGAUGAUACAGCGCAAUUUAUAAAUACUGUUACCAAAGACAUUGAUCAUAAUGAAGAAACAGUGUUUUUGUUUGCUACAAAUUAUAAGGCAAAAUUACAUAACCAUGAUCAGGUGAUGAAAAUGGAGGGUGACCUGAAAACUUAUAAAUCAAGAAAUGAGGGAGACGCCUAUUACUUAAACAGGUUUCAAGCACCGCCAAUACUUGGAUUAAAAAUUAGUUGCAAAGUCAUGCUAGUUACAAACUUAAGUGAUCACCUGGUAAAUGGCCUUACUGGUAGAGUAAAAGAGCUGACCGAAGAUCAUGUCAAAGUUCAUUUCGAAAUGGUAGACCAAAUUGUUACGAUUGAAAGAAAAUUAUUUGUUAAGUUCGAUCCUGUUUCUCGACGGGCAUUAGCAAAGCGCGUGCAAUUUCCGCUAAUAUUAGCUUUUGGACUCACCAUACACAAAUCACAAGGAAUGUCACUGAAGUCUAUUAUAAUUGAUUGUGAAGACGCCAAAAUACCAGGCCAAAUAGGUGUUGCUCUUGGUCGCGCUACGAGCUCUGAACAGCUUCAAGUGAAAAAUUUCAAACCAUCAUUAGUAUCGAAACAUCCUCAGGCCAUCAAAAACUUUUAUGACUGUUCUUUUAAACCUUCAUGCGACGAUUUGUCAUGUUGCAAGGCUGAAUUCAUUUCCAGAGACUUAGAAGUUGAUCUGUUUGCUCCUUUUGAUAUAGACAAUAUAGAAUUAACAGAAGACGAAGAUCCAGACGACAUCACUGGGCCGGAAAACUUUGUCAACGAGGAUGAACCAUCAUCAGAGGAAUUACCUGAAUUUGGACCAAGCCCGUUUCCAGAAUAUAUUAAUAUGAAUACAAUUGUUCUUGAUGUUCGUAACGAAUAUGCUAAUACUCCUUUCGAAAACAACAUUUCAGCGUUAUCUGAUAAUGUUUUGCAAAAUGACAAAAAAUAA